AGAAGGAGCGAAGAGGAGGAGGAGGACAGGGAGAGAAGGAGCGAACAAGAGCACUUGAUAGAGAGGAAGCUUACUGACGAGUGAGAGAUUAUCACAGAAAUAACAGAUGAAGAGAAAAAUGGAGAGAAGGUGUGAGACAUAGAAUGAGAGGAGAAAGAAUGGACAGACCGAGACAGAUAUACUCUGCCAGUGGUGUAUGUGGUAAGAUGAUGAGUCGUCAAGCUUACUUCUACCGGGUUCCUCCUCAGGAGCUGCACAGGAGGAGCCAGCAGGACCCCACCAAGACUAAGGCCCUGCAGACUGUCAUUGAUAUGAAGGACACUAAGAUAUCGUCUCUGGAGAGGAACAUCCGAGACCUGGAGGAUGAGGUCCAGUUGAUGAAGACCAGCGGGCUGCUCCACCCUGGCGAACGCCUGGAUGAACUCAAACACAUGGAGGUCUACAAAAGCCACUCCAAGUUCAUGAAGAAACAGGUAGACCAGCAGAAGCAGGAGCUGAAUAAGAAGGAAUCAGAGAUGCAGGCCCUACAGACCAAACUGGAUGCUCUGACCAACCAGAACUCAGACUGCAAACAGCACAUAGAGGUGCUCAAAGAAUCACUCAGCGCCAAGGAGCAACGCUCUACCACACUGCAGACCGAGGUGGAUGCGUUGCGUGUUCGUCUGGAAGAAAAGGAGUCCUUCCUCAGUAUGAAGACCCAGCAGCUCCAGGACCUGACGGAGGAGAAGGACACGCUGGCCGGAGAGAUCCGGGACAUGAAGGAUAUGCUGGAUGUUAAGGAGAGGAAGGUCAACAUCCUGCAGAAGAAGAUAGAGAAUCUUUUGGAGCAGUUAAAGGACAAGGACAAGCAGCUGACGGGUCUGAGAGACAGAGUCAAGGGUCUCCAGACUGACUCCAGCAACACAGACACAGCACUGACCACGCUGGAGGAGGCCCUGUCUGAAAAGGAGCGAGUGAUUGAGCGUUUGCGUGAGCAGAAGGAGCGGGAGGACAGGGCACGGCUGGAGGAGGUGGAAAGGAUGAGGAAGGAGAACCAGGACCUGAAGGAUAGACUCUCCAUCCUGACAACACACACACCUGGGUCCCAGAAUACGGAAGAGUCAACCAGGAAGUUGUUAGAGGUCAGCGACAGGAUCAAGCUGCUGGAGGAGGAAGUGACGCGCUACCGAGAAGAGUCUGGGAAGUCCCAAGCUGAGGUGGAGAGGCUCAUGGGUAUCCUGAGAGAGCAAGAGACGGAAAGAACCAACAAGGAGAAGAAGAUCACUGAGCUGGAGAGGCAAGUGAAGUGUCCAAACAUCCUUAAACAGAUGGUUUCAGGGGAGAGGAGGCCAGAUGGACAGACUGACGGACAUCCACACUCCAUCUCACAGGGGACCAUUCGUGAGACAGCUGAGCGAUUCAGAGAGCUGGAACGAGCGCUGAGCGAGAGCACAAACACCUCCGCCCACAGGGAGGCACUGUGGGCCCAGGAGGAGGCUGCACGCACGCAAGCACAGAGACAGCUGGAGGAAAUGAUGAACGCCCUGGAGAAGACCAGGCAGGAGCUGGACACCACCAAGCAGCGCCUCUCCACUACCCAGCACUCCCUGCAGGAGCGGGACGGUCACCUGACCAACCUGAGGCUCGAGAGACGCAGACAGCUGGAGGAGAUCCUGGAGAUGAAGCAGCAGGCUCUUCUAGCUGCGAUCAGUGAGAAGGAUGCUAACAUAGCCCUACUGGAACUGUCCUCCUCUAAACGUAAGAAAUCACAGGAUGAGGUGAUGUCACUGAAGAGAGAAAAGGACAGGCUCAUGCACCAGCUCAAACAACAGACCCAGAGUAGGAUGAAGCUCAUAGCAGACAACUAUGAUGAAGAACAUCUACACCCUCAUCAUCCUCACCACCCCCACCCGGGGGUACACCCUGCUCACCCUACUCACCCACACCACCGGACCCCUGCAAGAGGACCACCCCACGCCAACCACAGAGCCCCAAUGGACCAGGACGAUGAGGAGGGCAUCUGGGCAUGACCGUCGCCAUGGGAACUGAAGCUCCAAUCAAGAGAGCUGCUGGUGAGCUGGGUUUUGAACCAAACACACACUCCUGUUCAUCCCGGUGGAGCAGCUCUACUGAUCCAGGGACCAGACUGGCUGCAGCAGAGUCCCAGGAUCCUGCCCACCUGCCAUGGUUGAAGACAAUCCUUUUCCCGCCUUCCGUUGCAGAGAUGCUCUCUUUCCUCCCCGUGUUUGACAAUCAGAGAGCCGAGACUCGUAAAGUCCCAUGACCUCCGAGGCUCCGUUGGACAUGUAACCCUGACUGUUUCCACUGUACUUAUGAACUACGACUUUAACUCUCCAACAGUCAACCAAUCAUCUCGCUGCCCCUGCCAGGUUCACUGACUGAAUGAUAAAUCCUAGACAACAAACUAGUCAGCCUAAAAACCAGAAGGACCAAUCAGAAAGGACCAUUGAGAGUGACCAAACAUAAUUUUUUUGUGUGUCGUUUUUUUAGAUAGUUUGUGAGCCCUUGAAAGACUAUGGGAGAGAGCAAAUCCUGAUGUGGGUUUGUUUACGUAGCCACAUACGGAUAGCAUUAGCAUGGUCCACAACAUGGACCUCAGAUCCACAUGGACCUUCUCAAUGUACCGUGCCAAAGGAACCACUCCCUGUCAGCAGAGAGACACUGAGAGGGGAACCGGGUUCCUAUUACUCUAGAACCCUCAAAGAGAACUCAGAGAAGUGUUCUGUGUAUGCUACCUUUCUCUGAAUGUUCUUAAGUCUGGAAACACUCCUGUCAUCCUAUCACUGGACAGCUCUCUUGGUUGACAGUGCUCCAGGUAGACGAUGUCCAUAGGAACUGAUCUAGGAUCAGUGCCCUUUCAAAAUCCUUAACUAUCAAGUGGGAAAACACAACUGACCUCAGACCAGUGUCUAGGGGCAACUUCUUCCCUCUCUGGGUGAAGGGUAUAAACGGUGACCAAACAAAACCCUCUGAGGAAAUCAAACUAGGAUCUGUUUAGAGGUUGUUUUUUCUCUUGUGUUUUUCUCUCCCCCUGCUGUACUUUGUUUGACUAACGAGUAUCAUGUUGUGUUUGUUUUUCUACAUCUGAAACAGAUUGAGUACUGUUCUCUUUGAGGUUUGUAUCAGUUGUGUGUUUCUGCUUGUGGGUGAUGUUUUAUUUAGUAGUGUAUUUAUUGACUAGUUUAAUUGCAACAUGCAUUGGAGUGGCAGUAUUUAGGUAUCCAUGUUGAAGUCAGCACUCCCCAAUCAUCAUUUUGGAAUCAGAGAUUGAGGAGUGCUGCUUUCAGGGGACGAGUUGUCUAUACAUAUCAGUUUACUAGUGAGGAUGUCGUGGUGUUUGAAGGUGACAUGAUCUCCGUUCUACUGAACCAGCAGUAAGUGUUUAGCUUGUACAGUUUUCUGUGUGUGUGUGUGUGUGUGUGUGUGUGUGUGUGUGUGUGUGUGUGUGUGUGUGUGUGUGUGUGUGUGUGUGUGUGUGUGUGUGUGUGUGUGUGUGUGCGUGUGCGUGCGUGCGUGUGUGCGUGUGUGUGUGUGUGUGUGCGUGUGUGUGAACAGCGUGAGGUCUCAAUAUGCUCAAACUCUGCUAUUGACUUGUUAUACAGUGUGUUGCCAUGGUCAAUAUUAGUUCCUCGUUCAAUAAAAGUGUGGCGUUU